UUCUCAGCUCCUCCCUCGCGCCGGCACCGCCCCUCUUCCUGCGGCGGGCGAGACUCGAGCGUUGGCGCGGGGAUCGCGGAAGGUGAUGGCGGGGCUGCCGGACUCUCUCUCGGGACAGGACGUAGGGUCAUUUGCAUAUCUUACAAUUAAAGACAGAAUACCACAGAUCUUAACCAAGGUUAUUGAUACAUUGCAUCGACAUAAAAGUGAAUUUUUUGAGAAACAUGGAGAGAAAGGCAUGGAAGCUGAAAAGAAAGCGAUUUCUCUUCUUUCUAAAUUACGGAAUGAAUUGCAAACAGAUAAACCAAUUGUUCCCUUAGUUGAGAAGUUUGUUGAUACUGACAUAUGGAAUCAGUACCUAGAAUAUCAACAGAGCCUUUUAAAUGAAAGUGAUGGAAAACCAAGGUGGUUUCUCUCACCUUGGUUGUUUGUAGAAUGCUACAUGUAUCGUAGAAUUCAUGAAGCAAUUAUCCAAAGUCCACCAAUCGAUGACUUUGAUGUAUUUAAAGAAUCAAAAGACCAAAAUUUCUUUGAGUCACAGCAAUCUAUCAUUGCUUUAUGUACUUACCUGCAAGAGCUGAUGAAAACUAUUGAAGACCUAGAAGAUAAUCAGCUGAAAGACGAGUUUUUUAAAGUCCUUCAGAUUUCGCUGUGGGGGAAUAAGUGUGAUCUGUCUCUGUCAGGUGGGGAUACAAGUUCUCAGAAGACCAAUAUUAUCAGUUCUUUGAAAGACCUAAAACCUUUCAUUUUAGUGAGUGACAUGGAACAUCUUUGGUCAUUGCUUAGCAAUUGCAAGAAAACAAGAGAAAGAGCAUCUAUUACUCGAGUGGAUAUCAUUCUGGAUAAUUCUGGGUUUGAACUUAUUACAGAUUUAGUGUUAGCUGACUUCUUGUUGUCCUCUAAACUGGCUACUGAGAUCCAUUUUUAUGGAAAAACGAUUCCAUGGUUUGUUUCUGAUACUACUAUACAUGAUUUUAACUGGCUAAUCAAACAACUAAAACAUUCUAAUCAUAAGUGGAUGUCCAAGUGUGGGGUUAACUGGGAAAACCAUAUUAAAAUGGGCAGAUGGGUUUACCUCGAUCAUAUGUUUUGGACUCUGCCUCAUGAAUUCAGUGCAAUGUCUCAAGUCGCUCCUGACUUACAUGCUGAACUACAAAAGGCACAUUUGAUUUUAUUUAAGGGUGAUUUGAAUUAUAGGAAGUUGACGGGGGACAGAAAAUGGGAGUUUACCAUUCCAUUUCAUCAGGCUUUGAAUGGCUUCCACCCUGCACCUCUCUGCAGUAUAAGAACAUUAAAAGCAGAGGUUCAGGUUGGUCUGCAGCCUGGGCAAGCUGAACAGCUCUCAGCUUCAGAUCCCAGCUGGAUGACCAGCGGGAAAUACGGAAUAUUUCAGUUCGAUGGGCCACUCUGACUUGGUGUAGGAACUCUCGGUUGCAUAGAAAGAUCUAACAGGCACUCUUCGUCCCCAGAAAAGCUGUGUGUGACUUAAGGCACUCAUUGGCUUUGCGGUAGCUCUGGGAAGCGUGGCUUCUCAGUGCUCAUUUACAUACAUUGAUGCUUUUUUCCUUUGAACGUUUUGCCCCACCACUUUGUUUUGGGGAAAGACAGAUUACACUAGUUACAGACAUUUACAUUUAUGUUGGAAUUUUAGUAACUUAUUUCAAGUUAAAUGCAUAAUUUCAAAUGGUUUUAAUGAACUUAUUUUUUAAUUGGGCAGAAAGCAAAAUAGAAGCGAAUUCUGCUUUUGAAGUUAACAUUUAAAAAAUGCUAUGCUGCAUGAUAUUUAAUAUUCUAGGAGGCAUGGAAUUCUAUUUAACUUGGUUUUGGGCUCUAGAAAUAAGAGCUCUGUGAAAAUAUAAUAUAUAUCUUGAAUAUGCUUGGUAAAGAGAAGCAUUUUUUACAACUGUGAUAUUUGAACACAUGAAAGUAAAACUUACCUCAUAAGUUAAUUCUAAAUUUUGUUCUUGAAUAUUAUUUCAGUAACCAAUAUUAUUUGCACGCAUUUGUGUUUUGAUUCGGGUGUGAAAUGGAUGAUAGGAAACACAAAAUUGAACAGAAUGAAGCAAAUGUAACAUCUUUUACAUUCUAUUUGUGAUAGUCUGUAAUCAACUGAAAUAUGCUAUUUUAACACAAGUGUUUUAAAUGAAUAGGAAUGCAGUGCAGUUUAAAAAAAUGCUUUAGAUAGAAAGGAUUCUUAUCUGUUGACUUUGGAGGACUACCAACGAGUUAAUUCACUUUUUAUAUUCCUACACAUUUACUGGUGAUCACCAGCUAUAAAAGACUGUAAGUUUCAGGUCAGUCUGUUUUGAAACUGAAAUUGGAAAUAAACCUGGAAAUAUUUUCUUGCACUGGAAUAAUAAAAUGAAUUGUACUGAAAA